AUGGUGGCGCUCCUUCUAGCGAGAGCUCAGUCUCGCAGAUUCACACUCCGCUGCCUCCGAGAAGGCACUAGCAAAAGCGCCCAUCUUCGCGCUUGCUGCAUUGAUGACAGAUCGAGCCGAAGAAGCUUUGCAACAUCCUCGCCAGCUCAGAACAACACGAGAGACCUCCAAGAUGGACCUUUCGAUCCAUAUAAUGCCGUAAUUGGCGAGCUCAAACCAUCUACAGGCUUUCAUAGUACCCAUAGAGAAGGCCCGCUUGCCGGAUGGACAGCAGCAAUCAAAGCUAACCUGUGCAUUCGCGAUUCUGUCACGACCUGCUCCAGUGCCAUGCUCCAGGACUAUACUUCCACGUUUGAUGCCGCCUCCGUCUCCCUACUUCGGCAGGCAGGUGCAGAUCUUCGCUAUGUCACUAACUGCGACGAGUUUGGCAUGGGCUCCACGAAUACACAUUCAUUUCAUGGGGCUGUGCGAAAUCCUGCCUCACCGAAUUCAUCAGGAACAGACGGGAUCAAUUGGAAUCCAGAGGAGGACAGAGUCGCAGGAGGUAGUUCAGGUGGCUCAGCGGCAGCUGUAAGGGCAGGGCUUGUUCGGGUAGCGUUAGGAAGUGAUACUGGAGGCAGUGUGAGGUUGCCUGCUGCCUAUUGCGGAGUGGUGGGCUUAAAGCCGAGUUACGGACUGGUCAGUCGGUGGGGACUUGUUUCGUAUGCUGAUAGUCUAGAUACAGUUGGUGUGUUGGCAAGUACCGUGGAAGAUGCGGAAGCAGUGUACGAUGUGAUUGCUGCGGACCAUGAUGGGCGCGAUCCAACCAGCGCUAGUAUCGAAGCACGAAAGCAAGCGUCCGAAACAACGCAGAAGGUUCUAGACACACUAUCCUCUACGACAAGCGACUCAUCCAUGCCACUCACGGGCCUGCGUGUGGGAGUACCAAAGGAGUAUUUCCCCGUUGAACUUCAUCCACGAGUCCUGCCACCUUUCCGAAAAGCUGUUUCUGCGCUGGAGAAGCUCGGUGCAGAGAUAGUCUCGGUAAGCCUUCCGAGCACGCCCUCAGCGCUGAGUGCAUACUACAUCAUCUCCUCCGCCGAAGCAAGCAGCAACCUCGCGCGAUACGACGGUGUGGAAUACGGCUACCACAAACAUCCAGUCAAAGGAUCCCACGCAUACGCAGCGACACGAACGGCUGGUUUCGGAGAUGAAGUGCGCAAGCGAAUCCUGCUCGGCACCUUCGUAUUGACGGCUGACGCAUUCGACAACUUUUUCCUCCAGGCUUCUCGCAUCCGAGCUAAGAUCCAGAGCGACUUUUCAGACGUGCUGCGUAUUCAAUACCCAACACAGUUAAGUUCAAAAGCGAGAGACGCGAAGGACGACGGAGUGGACAUGAUCAUCCACCCUUCAGCAGCAGACACAGCGCCAACGCUAGCAUCGGCGAUGAAAGGGGAGCAAGGAGUGGCCCAAGCUGGAUUAGGAGAGUACGUACAGGAUAUCCUCACAGUACCUGCUAGUCUGGCAGGGCUGCCGGCGCUGGCGGUCCCAGCAGAUGUCGCUGAAGACGACGGCUGGCCCGUCGGCAUCACACUAGUCUCACAGUGGGGUUGCGACAAGCUGCUUUUGCAUGUUGGAAAGCAAUUGCAGCCCCUUCUCACAUAG